UCGUUUUACUGUAUUUUUUGUUUUGCAACAUUUUACAGUGUACAAACUUGGCUAUGAAAUAGCUUACAAACAAAAAAAAAAUGUUUUACAAUAUACAUAGACGAGAAGGAAAUAGUGAGUACGUGGAGUGAAGCACUUAGAUGUCAAAGGACCACCCGCAGACCUGAAGCCAGAGCAGUGGACGUGUUUGUCCUGCACGAGCGCGCAGGUGUCAGGAUCACCGUUUGAUGGACGGGGAGGGCGAAACGUCAUCGAGGGGGCACCAGCGAGUUUUGCCAAAGAAAAGCUUGUAGAGCCACACUGGAAGAGGGACACUGGCAGCCGAACAGUAGCAGCGUGUCUCAGAGGAAAGCUCUCUCGGCGGUUUCUCCCGGUGACAUUAUCAAGGAGCAAACCCGUGGAGCAGCUGACAAAGGCAGCGACGGGAAUACAUAAGAAGCACGAUUGAUGGCUGCGUGAGGAGCAUGGAGGGAACAGGACAGCCUGGAGCCGGAGACGCCUUUAGCAGGCAAUGCCCGAUUGCUCCUCUCUAAGCCAUGGCUUGGCAGAAUACAUCCCCAUUCCGAUAUGGCUUUGAUCUGGGGGGACACUACCAGGAUCUGCGUCCUCUUGGAACGGGAGCGUCUGGCCUCGUUCUCUCUGCAGUGGACAGGCGCAGUGGUCUGCGUGUGGCGGUCAAGAAGCUGGUCAUGCGAGAUGCCGUCAGCGUAAAACACGCUCUGAGAGAGGUGAAGAUCACCCGCCGCCUGCAGCAUGAGAACAUCGUCCAGGUGUAUGACGUGUUGGGGCCGUCCGGUCACCCUUUGCCACGUGACCUGACCCAUGUGUCAGCGAUAUAUAUUGUGCAAGAGUGUAUGGAAAUUGACCUGGCACGGUUACUGGAGCAAGGGCCGUUGCCAGCUGAACACGCCACCCUGCUCUUUUAUCAGCUGCUUCGCGGGCUCAAGUUCAUCCACUCGGCCAACGUGCUGCACCGUGACCUCAAGCCAGCGAACAUCUUUAUCAACACUGAGCAAAUGCUGCUGAAGAUUGGAGACUUCGGUCUGGCUCGCAUUGUCGACCCACAUUACUCACACAAGGGAUAUCUGUCUGAAGGAAUGGUCACUAAAUGGUACCGUUCACCAAGACUGCUGCUGUCUCCAAAUAACUACACUAAAGCAAUUGACAUGUGGGCCGCAGGCUGCAUUCUGGCAGAGAUGCUCACAGGCCGCAUGCUGUUUGCAGGUGCUCAUGAACUGGAGCAGAUGCAGCUGAUUUUGGACACCGUGCCUGUUAUUAGAGAGGAGGACAGACAGGAACUGCUCAAGGUCAUGCCCUGUUUUGUAGGUCAAGGGUGGAAGGUCAAGAGGUCACUCAGAAAACUACUGCCAGAGGUGGGGGACAUAGCCAUUGAUUUCCUGGAGUGUAUCCUCACCUUUAAUCCCAUGGACCGGCUGACCGCAGAAGCGGCUUUGUCUCAUCCAUACCUGCAGAGAUACUCGUGUCCUCAGGAUGAGCCUGUCUCCUUGCAGCCUUUUCGCAUAGAGGACGAGCUGGAGGACAGUCUGGUCACGGAGCAGGGUCACGCGCUCAGCUCCCACUGGGACAGGUAUGAUGGGAGUCUGUCAUCAGAUGUUUAUUGGCUGCAGCAGGAGGAGUGCGGCUGUAUGCAGAGCGUCUCUGAACUGGGAGAGGCGGAAGACGACGAAGUUCAAAGAGAUCCACGAGCGAGUUCAGCGGCCCACAUCGAGGAGGCUCAGGUAGACCCUCGCAAGUACUCCCACAGCAGCUCCGCAGAGCGCUUCCUGGAGCAGUCGCACUCGUCUCUGGAGCGCAUCUGCGGUCAGUUCACCGAGCUGGACUGUGGCCGCUCCUGCGAUUACAAAGUGGGUUCUCCGUCCUACCUGGAUAAGAUCGCGUGGCGGGAAGGGAAGCCACAGCACUACUCUGAACCCAAGCUAAUACUGGACCUGUCUCACUGGAGGCAUAACAGCAUGUCUGCUCCAAGAGGUGGAAGCGUGGAGAAGCCUCUCGCCGAGCCAGAUCUGUUCCAGGAGAUCUCGCGCUGGGUGGAGAGCACACAGUCUGGGCUCCACUCACCCGGUUCUCCUCAAGAAGCUCUCACCUCCCCGUGUUCUCCUCCUCAGCCGCUGUCUCCUACAAUGCUGCCUCAUUCUCACAGGCAAAUCCCCGUGGCUUUGCAACUGUCCAGCCCUCACGACAGCAGGAGGAGUCCUAACCCGUUCUUCAGCGCUCCUCUGUCUCUGCUGCCCUCUUCUCCUUCCUCACCUCAUCACGAUUCAUCACAUUACCUGUCUUCCUGCAUACGCUGUGAAAACGAUGAAGAGCCCUCACAGAUGGAUCGUUCCGGAGAUGAACAUUUUGACCUGGACGUGUUUAUCUCUCAGGCUCUGAGGCUGUGUAGUCAGAGCGAGGUCCUGUCGGAGAACUCGGACGCUCCCAAAUCAGGCAGCAUUAGUCAUGUUCACAACGUCUCAGAUCACAGACCCUCCAGGACAAAAACUCCAACGCCUGAGAUGGUCAAGGCUCAUGGGUGUCAGAAAGAGCACUGGUAGAGGAGAUCUUUGACCUUUUCAUUAUUUCGUUUUUAGUGGAACUCGAGGCGGAAUAAAUCAAUGUGAAUACUGCAGAAGGUUUUUUUCCUUUUUUUGGAGAAUGUUGAUUUAUUACCUGAAGCUAUGAUUCUGUAUUCCAGAAUAAAUCUGAAAUGUUUACCUCUAGAAUGAGGAUAACCGGGCAAAAAACAUCGGAGAGCUCAAACAGGAUUUGAUUGGAGCCUUGAGGGCACAUGGUGAUGGGAAAUCUUUUUUUCUUCCCUUAUUAAACUUUCUCUCUCAAAAAACAAACCAAAAAAUCAGUUCUUCUGAGAAACGUUUGCAUUCUCUCAAAUCAGUUUUUGCGAGACAUCUGUUUGAUUUCCCACAUUUCUCUGAACUAUUCCUUUUUAAAUCUUUUAAUCUUUUUGGCGAAUAAAUUUAAAAGGUUUAAAAACUAAAUUUUGUUCGAGAAAUUUUGCAAGUUUUUUAUGAAAAUGUGAAGUAUAUGUCUUCCUCCCAACAAAUUUUUCCCAUAACUAGAUCUCUUUAGGUGCUCUGUACACGUAAAACUAAAAUGUUUUAUUUAAAUUCCUUUCAAAUGAUUAAUCAUGAUUAAAUCGCAUCCAAAAUACAUUUUUGUUUACAUUAUAUGUAAUAAAUAUACACUGUACACACACACACAGAGAUACAGCUUAUAUUUUUAAUAUGUUAACAUGUAUAUAUUUAUAUAAAUGAUAACCAUAUAUAAAUAUAUUUAAUAUAUAAGCGUUACAUAUUUUUCUUAAAUAUAUACAUAUAGGCUGCAUGGUACACACACACACAUAUAUUAUGUAAACAAAAUCUUUCUGGAUUUUGGAUGUGAUUAAUCAUUUGACAGCACUAUUUCAUUACUAAACUUACUAGAAGCAUUGAGAAAAAGGCUAUAUCUUUUAAUUGUCGUUGAAUAAAUUUAGCCUGCUUAAUUUUUUGUUUAUUGUUAUUUAUUAAACAAUUAAUAGAAGUGUGUAACAGGAGUAUUUUUCUUCCAAGUUGGCAAAAAAAUAAAAAUUGCACUUUUGAUAAACAUCACAAUGAAAUAAAGCCUCAAGUUAUUUCAGUGGCCUAGAAAAAGAUGUUUCAUUCUACAUAAGGUGGUCACAACGUAUAUGGGACAUUUUGUUGCCAAUUUAAAGUGUUAUUUAAAUGUGAAUUUCGGAAGAAAUUUCAGUAUUGUCCCAUUCAAGUUGACUGGGACUUUGGUAUAGAUUAGUCUGACGACUUAAUCUCAAUAACACCCAUCAUUGUACACUUUUGUCUGAAAAAUGAUUAAUGGCUGUCAAAUAUAUCUUUGCAUAGGAUAUUUAAACAAAUAUAUUAAUAUAUUAUAUAUUAAAUAUAUUAAUAUAUUAUUAUAUAUAUUUUUUUUUUAUAUAGAUUUCCCCCCAUCUUCCACUGAUUGGACAAACAGAUUCCCACACCACUGGUUCUUUGUUGCAAGAAAUAAAAAUAAAUUCUUCAACUUUAAAGCAUCAAACACCAAAUUAUAACAGGAGAUCAGCAGAUUGUUAUUCUUUGUAAUUUUAAUUCCCAUAAUUUAAUUAGUUAAAAUGCAGACAACUUUCACAAAAAAAAAAAAAAAAAAAAAAAUAUCCAAAAUGAAAGGGAACAGCAAUACAGUACAUAUGCAGAUAUUAGGGUUUUGGUUCAAACUAAAGCCCUGUCUUAAGAUGGUACCAGACAGUAACAGCAUACUGUAGCAACAGAGACGACACACAGCAGGCAAUCAGCAGGCCAGCAGAGGAUUGGGCUACAUUCUAUUUUAUAGUGCAGAUAAGAACAUGGAAACUUUACAAAUUAUAUUAUACCACUAUGGGAGAAUGUCACUUGGCUGUCAAGAACAGUUAUGUAAUCUUUUAUCAACACACUGCAUGUGGAUCUGGAUGAUUUCGUUUCUGUAAGCCUUACAUAGCGAUAGCGAUCUCUUUUAUCGUUUCUGACUGUGAUUUAAUAUAAUAGUGGUUCACAUGCCAUUCUUUGAAUAUGUAACUCAAAACUAACUCUGUGGCCAAACUACAGCAGCCUAAUGUUCGGUUACGCAAAUCCCUGAACGCAGACGCGAUUCCUAAAUUUAACGCAACUCUCAGCACUGCCUCAAGGGGCAUCAAAAUAGCAUAAAUUACUUGUCGAUCAACUACUGUCAUGAUGCAGCAACAAUUUAUUAACACAAGUUUUAUUAACACAUUUAGUUUAACGUAAGAUACCUUUAAAAUUUAAAUGCUCUUUAAAUACUGAGCUUUGUUAGCGCAAGACCAAAACACGAGUGUCAAGCGUCUGCGUUCGUGUAUUUGCGUAAAGAAUGUUUUUUACUUCGUAUGUGGAAGAUUUAGCUGGCGUGCCGUUAAAAAACAAACCAAUAGCAGAAAGGCAGAUUAUAUCGCCAGGUUGAUGCAGGUUAGUAAAGUUUUACUGAAUCUUGCUGUGUCCCUGUCUGAGUCUAAACGGUGUUAUCGCCACUGCUGGUGGAGGUUUGAUCGACCUCAUUCUGGCAGCUCAAUAUUGCAUUUCAGGGAAACAAAAUUACAAAGUUAUUCAGCCUUACUUUUCAAAAAAGAAUCAUGAAAAACUGUUUGAAUUUUAACAAAUCUCAACCACUCUCUCACACAAGUGAGAGACAUCCCUAGGCAAGAAAAAAAAUGGAUAUAUGGAACCAAUCCACAUUACGAUCCCCUGCCUGAACUUUUUAGACACUUUUGCGAUAUAACCAUAUUUAUGAAAUUGCUCCGUGUUAUUAAGCACUGAAUUUCAACAUAAUCACUGCUCAGGAGCCCAGUUUCCUCUCCAUGUGAGAAGUCACCACCCAGGUAGAACAUAUAUAUAUAUAUAUUUAUGUAGAAAAAUAUAGUUUAAUGAAAUUUAUAUCUAUUAAUUUCUUUAUUUUUUUAAUCAUAUCCACCAUGUUAAGUUGUGUACUACAUAUAGCAGUGUGAUGUAACACAGGAUCAUCAUGAUUCACACUGCUAAACACAAAAAUGCCAUUAAACACCUUUGCACUACUCCUGGUUAUUUCAUAUUUAAUUUGUAAUUAAUAGUUAGUUGAUUGGCAUUUUUAGGCAAGUUUAAUGAGUUAUUCUACAAUAUGAUUACAAUGUAAACACCACAGUACUGAAGUUACUGUAUCCAACAAACAGUAAAGCACAACAAGGCAAAUGGCCGUAUGAGCAUAGAUUUGUUCUUGAUGAAAAAUAAAAACAAAAUACACACAAAAAAAAAAAAGAAAAAAAAAAGAAA